AUGGGCAUAAUAAGAAAGUUGACUUUAAUUGGAUUGGUACACCUAUUAUUAGGAACAAUAAAUGCUACACCUACAUUUGAAAAUACUGCUGCAAGUGAUGUUGAUGUUGUAAAAUCAACAAGCCAAAUAUCAUCAAGAAUACUUUCUACUCAUACAAAUGUAAAUAGUAAUGAUCAAGAUACUACCUUUAAACAACAAGAAGUAAAUUCUGAUCAUGAAUAUGCUGAAAAAAAAUCACUUUACAUACCUAAUUUACCAAAAUUAGGUGGAAUAUCAGAUAAAAGGUAUUAUUCAUCAUUACCCUUUACUAGGCAUGGACAUUGUGAAAAAGGCACAAUUUAUACUAUUAAAUCUUUCGAUGAUCUUAGAAGAUAUAAAGAUGAAUUGAUGUGUGUUAUGGAAACUGGUAUUAAUAUAGUAGUUCCACCAAGUGGUAAUUCAUAUGGUACAGUUUUAGAUUACUUAUCUGAUCGUAGUGAUGCAGAUACAGAAAUGAUUAACCGUAUAUGGAAUGGUAAAUUUUCAGGUGCUGCACUUUGUAAUAAACCCAUAAAUACUCUUCAACCUGUAUUUUUUGGCUUUAAUUUGGUAAAUGGACAGUUUAGAUUCCCUUCAUUUUGGAAUAUUACGUCAUUACCACCUAAUUGUCAUAUGGCAUCUUCAGAACACCCAGAUGAUUCGACAACAUUGAUUUUAGAUUAUAUGACUAAUUUCAAUGAAGUUUGUCCACCUCAGAUGCCAUUAAAUAGGCCAUUCUUUUCUACAAGUGAAACUUCAAAUGUAUGCGCUAUAGUAAAAUUAGUUGGCCAAACUUCAGAUGGUGGUUUCAUUUUAUUAGGAAGAGGUCUCAGUAUGCCAUCUUUUGUAUCAAAUUUUUCUCCCGUUGGUCUCUUCACUUUCAUCUUCUUUGGUUUAAUUACAUAUGAUCCUGCAGUAUACAAUUUAUCUUCUGGAGGAACAAUUACACUACCUCCAGUACCCUACUCUUUUGAUUACAAUCUAGUUGGGAUUGAUUCAUCUAGUAAAACUUUCCGAUCUCCUUAUCCAUUAGUUCUUGAUAAAUUAGUGCCAUUUGAGACUAAAGUAUUUAGUUACAGUGAAAUAAACUCCACAGAUUCAAGUAACUCUACAAGUACUACAACUAGACGACCAAGGAAUAAUCAUAAGAUUAAGUAUUCUACAAACAUCACUGAACUAAUUCCAAAGUUUAGAACUACAAACCAGAUACGUAACUAA